AUGCUACUAUUGACCUUCUCGAAUAUCUUCAUCGGCGUGCAAUUUGUGGCCAGCAGUUCAACAGAACCAGCAAUCGCCCUCGAUGGAACUCCUACGGCGACAUUUCUGGCAUCUGGUUCAUUUUCUUCAGGAUAUGCAGGAGUGUUCAUGACUGCUACUUCGUAUCUGACCACAUACAGAGUGACAUGUACCAGCGACGGUGCAUGUAUUAGUGGCAAUUAUACAAGCACGUGGAUUCUGAACCACUUCACCGACAAGAGCGGCGAUAUCGACUCAUUUUCACUGGGUUGCUCUUUCUCGCAGAGCAGCCCAAAGUCCGCCGCCUGCAGCGUAUAUGGCACUCUCGAUAUGUACGGCAUCGCGUCGACCUGGAAUCCAGGUACUGGCACGUUCUCAGCAUCAGUCGCACCCAUGACGGUCGCGAUCACUGGCAAUCGCCAAGCAUACCUGCGGGCGACCCAGCAUUGCAAUCCCGAUAUUCCAAGCACAAUAUCCACCAACACAACGACGAGAGGCGCAGGCAUGCAAGCGACUGACGUUCUGCACGCAUCAAAUCCAAAAGGUCUUUCUGGAGGAACAAAAGCGGGCAUCGGAGUAGGAAUAAGCGUUGCGGCGCUUCUUACCACGGGCAUACUGGUGUUUUUGUUGAGAUUCACACGUCACAGGGUCGCCAAUGAGCAGGCCAACCAGGAAAGCAACGAAAAACACGGAUCUUCGCCAACUGGCGAUAUUUCUGCCUCGGGACAGGACGGACAGGAUGGAUGCUAUACAUUGCAUGAGCUAGAAGUACCAUCAGUGCCACUGGAGCUGCCUCUUGGAAAUGAAAGCGUCGAAUUGGAUGCGAAGUACUUGCCCCCUGAAAUGAGCAGCAUUUGA